GGGAGCGCUUUGCUGUUGCGCCUGUUGCGCUUCCCUCCUCAACUUGGGGGAAACUUUCUUUCUCUCUCUCUCUCUCUGUCUGUGGCUUGUCUUUCUCUUUCGCGCUUCACUCGGUCAGGAAUGGGGAAAAGAGGGGCGCUGCUGGCUGCCUUGUGCCUCUGGAGCCUUUGCCUGGUGGCUCUCUGCGGGGAGAGCCCCACCAACGCUGCCCCAAGAGACAUUACAGAAAAAAAGAGAGACUUCAGUGAUAUUAAGAGCAAAUUUUCUCUAAGGACACCUGAGAAGACUGAUGAGGACACUUGUCUCAUUGUUCCUGGGGAGGAAGCAAGUGUAGCGCAAUGCAGCUUCAACUAUACAAGCAAAACCUUUGUGGUGAUACAUGGAUGGACGGUGACUGGCAUGUAUGAGAGCUGGGUCCCAAAGCUAGUAAAGGCACUGUACACAAGGGAACCAUACUCAAAUGUAAUUGUGGUUGAUUGGUUGGCUUUGGCCAGUUUACAUUAUCCUGUAUCUGCUGCCUACACAAAGAUGGUGGGAAAAGAUGUUGCCACAUUUGUUAAUUGGAUGGAGGAGCAGUUCGGUUAUUCCUUGGACAAAGUCCACUUGCUGGGAUACAGUCUUGGUGCCCAUGCUGCUGGUAUUGCUGGAAGUCUGACUGACAAAAAGAUUAAUAGAAUCACUGGUUUAGAUCCUGCAGGACCUCACUUUGAAUAUGCUGAGGAAUCUGUACGCCUUUCUGCCGAUGAUGCUGUCUUUGUAGAUGUCCUGCACACUUAUACAAGGGGGACACCUGAUCGCAGUAUUGGGAUACAGAAACCUGUUGGGCAUAUUGAUAUCUACCCUAAUGGAGGUGGAUUUCAACCAGGUUGCAAUUUUGUAGAGGCGAUACGACUGAUUGCUGAAUCAGGGCUUCAGGAUGCCGAUCAGUUGGUGAAAUGCUCUCAUGAACGUUCCAUCCAUCUUUUCAUUGAUUCCCUCUUGUAUGAAGAAAAGCCAAUUAUGGCAUACCGCUGUAACUCAAAAGAAGCAUUUGAAAGAGGGCUCUGUUUGAGUUGUCGAAAGAACCGCUGCAACAAUUUAGGCUACAAAGUCAACAGAGUGAGAAGCAAGAGGACCACAAAAAUGUAUUUGAAGACUCGCGCACAAAUGCCUUACAAAGUUUUUCAUUACCAAGUCAAGAUCCAUUUUUUUGGAAAGGUGAACACCACUAAGACAACCCAGCCACUCCUUAUCUCUCUGUACGGCACUAAGAAGGAAAGUGAGAACAUUGAUUUUAUACUGCCUGAGAUCUCUACAAACAAAACCCAUUCCUUCCUCAUAUACACAGAGGUUGAUAUUGGAGAGCUGCUCAUAGUUAAACUGCAGUGGGAAAAAGACUCUAUUUUCAGCUUGACGGAUUGGUGGAAUACCCCUGAGUUUGGCAUCCAGAGGCUCAGAGUCAAGGCCGGAGAAACCCAGAAAAAGUUGGUCUUCUGUUCUCCGAGUGGAAUUUCUUAUCUCAAAAAAGGGGGUGAUUCUGUAGAAUUCGUGAGAUGCCAUGGAAAAAUAUAAUCAUGGAGAUUCAUGAGGCCUGGCAAGUUAAUGGGACACUGGUGCUUGAGUUAUUCGACAAAUAAAAAGUGAAUGAAGAUACUCAGUCCCAGGAAAGGAAUCCCCAACGUGUUGGAUGAUUAGGACUGAGUGCUUGGAAAUACUUAUUCGCCUUCUCUAAUACUGCCAAUGCUGUCUCUUACUUUUAACAGAUUUUUAUGUAAAUCCAGUAUGCAGCAUUUGUUGUACUGGUGUUAAGUUGAGGAUGCACCAUCAGCAGUAUAUCCAUCCACUGAUUCACGAGGAAGGUCACAGAUGCCUACUUCCAUACAUGAAUCUGGUUCAGGGUAUUUUUUAUAUCAUUGCAACACACAGGAAAAGAAUACAUUAUCCAAGCUUUCGUUUUUAAAGUCUGAAUGAGAAACCUUUUCCAUAUGGUGACCCAAUGCAUUUUUUGGGGAAAAGCUACAAUAAUUCUUGUGUUACUUGUAACAAAAGUUUUUCAAUUUUUAUAAGGUGUCAUGUGUAAGAAAAUACUAUUUAUUUAAAAGCGACAUAUUUGAGUGUUUUUAAGAUUCUAAGUUUGUUCUUUUUAUCUGCAACUGGAUACCUUGCUGGGCAGUGUGCAUUCAGUGAAUUCAUGCGUUUUUGUGUUAUUUGCUGGCCGAACAUUAACCAUUUCUCUUAAAUGGAGAUUAGAUAUAUUCCCAUUAUGUUUGUUCCUGUCACUUAGAUGGGACUGAAUGAAUGGGAGCUCUUCUGUGUCAUUAGUAGCUACAUGGACUUCUUCAUACAGUCUUUAUAUGAAAAUUAUAUUUUCCACAAGAGAAACUAGCAUUCCCCAGUUUUCUAGCUCUUUUAAAUAUGAAUCCAGUGCAUUUCUGAUUUGGCCUCUAGUUCUGUACCAGAUCAACCACUGUAAAAGGGCAGCUGACUGCUGAAGAUUAUUGGAACAUGGUUUUCAUAAUCAAUUUUCAUUAACUGUUACAAAGACACUAUCUCACUAUUUUGAGAACAGAGUCUGUUCCUAAAUGAUAAAGAGCACAGAACCUGAAAACAGUAUUUGUUUGAUAUACAAUGCAGUAUUCUACAUGCUGACGAUGAGCAAACAUAAUACACUUUGAAUCAAAGUCAUGAAGACGUGGAAGAGCUUUCAAACAAGGAGGCAGUAGAAAAAAAUGUUUAGCAAACUGAAAAUUAUUAACUUAUUGAUUGUAAACAGAAUUGCAGCACUAUACACCAUAGAUUAGGCAUGGGCAAACUUCGGCCCUCCAUAUGUUUUGGACUUCAAGUCCUACAAUUCCUAACAGCCUCAGGCUCCUUCCUUUUCCCCCUCAACCACUUAGGAAAGGGCCUGAGGCUGUUAGGAAUUGUAGGACUUGAAGUCCAAAACACCUUGAAGGCUGAAGUUUGCCCAUGCCUGCCUUAGAUGGUUUAGUAAGCCGCAUGUUUAAUACAAGCAAUGAAAAGCAUGUUUGAAGGAAGACAGUAGUUGAAGUUUUUUCCUCUGUUACCUGUUUUCCUGCUGUUCAGUAUUUAUUAUAACAACUAAUGCUUAUCAUUGAGAAAUGGAUGCAACACAAGGAAACAAAAUAUUUGAGAAUUCCUUGAAAGAAAGAACUGAUAAUAAAUCAUUCUAUCAAAAAUAGUUUCCUAGUCCCUCAGACUUUAGACAGUUUUGAAUUUUUUAAAACAAGAGUCAUAGAUGAUUCUUGAUCAGGUCCAUACUUCUAUUUUUCAGCUGCCAAAAGAGUAAAGUUUGAAGCUUUGAGAGAAGUUGUCUUAUGGAUUGCAUGUGUCAAUACACAAUCAAAACUAAGCACCGAAAGCACUUGAUCACAAAAUGGUGAAAUGUUUUAUAUGUGUGAAAACAUAACUUGGCUUGAACUGUUUCUAUUUAUUUUCUGUAAAAUACAUGUAUAUAAAUGUGUGUAACAGUUAGUUUGUAUAUUUGGAUGAAGUUAUCAAGGCUAUGUAUGCAUUUAUACAGUCUAGUGGUAUAGUCUCUGUAUAUAGCUCUCCCAAAGAAAA